AUGUCAAUCUACAUAAAAAGAGAACAGUCUUCCGUUCUCUUCAGAAUCUGUUUUUCUUUUUUUCUUGUACUCUUCAUUCUCACAUCAUUCAUCGGCCACCAUGUUUUUCUUUUUCCUUCCAUUUUUCAUCCCUCUUUAACUUUUAUUGUCGACUAG